UCCAGCAUGGCGGACUCGGGGCUGCUGCUAAAGCGGGGUUCAUGCCGUUCCACCUGGCUGCGGGCCCGCAAGGAGCCCCAGCUCAUCCUCAGCCGCCGGCCCCGCCGCCGGCUCGGGACCCUGCGCUGGUGCGGUCGGCGGCGCCUACGGCGGCGAUUACUGCAAGCCCAGGCGGCCGGCGUGGACUGGAGAGGAGCCCGUCAGGUGUCGCGCGCAGCGGCGCGGAGACCCAAGACCGCGACCAGCCCGAUCCCUAGCCCACCCGGCCUCGAACCCGAAUCCAAUUCGGAAUCCGCUUCGAGUUGCCGCCGGCCUCUCCUUAUCCGCCAGUGCGGCCAGUGGGCCGGGCCGCGCCCGUUACUGCUGCUGCCGGUCGAGCGGGGUUUUACUUUCAGUGGCAUCUGCCGUGUGACCUGCCUCUAUGGCCAGGUGCAGGUAUUUGGUUUUACCAUCAGCCAAGGCCAGCCUGCCCGAGACAUCUUCUCUGUGUAUACCCACUCUUGCUUGAGUAUCCAUGCGCCCCAUUACUCGUUGCCUGAGAAAAGCAAGAAAGAACUCACAAGGAAGCCGAAUUUGCUCAAAUCUCAUCUUAACCUUGAUGACAGGCGUUGAGUCGAUGCAAAUUUUUCUCUUCAGUGUUCCAUUGUGUUGCUAGAACAUCUGAAAACUGCCUCUGUAAACUUCAUAACCAGCUAUCCAGGUUCAUCCUACAUUUUUGUGCAAGAGAGUCCAACUCCCCAGAUUAAACCUGAAUAUUUAGCCUUGAGGUCUGUUGGCAUCAGAAAAGAGAAAAAAAGGAAAGGCCUUCAGUUAACCGAGAGUACCCUUUCAGCCCUGGAAGAGUUAGUCAGCGUUUCCUGUGAAGAAGUAGAUGGCUGCCCUGUCAUUCUAGUUUGUGGAUCCCAGGAUGUUGGAAAGUCAACAUUUAAUAGAUACCUGAUUAACCAGUUGUUAAAUAGUCUUCCCUGCGUUGACUAUUUGGAAUGUGAUCUGGGACAGACAGAAUUUACCCCUCCUGGUUGCAUUUCUUUACUUAACAUUACAGAACCAGUUCUGGGACCACCUUUCACUCACCUGAGGACACCACAGAAGAUGGUAUAUUAUGGGAAACCUUCUUGUAAAAACAACUAUGAGAAUUAUAUUGACAUAAUAAAAUAUGUGUUCAGCGCUUACAAGAGAGAGUCCCCUCUCAUCGUCAACACCAUGGGAUGGGUUUCAGACCAGGGGCUCCUGCUUCUCAUUGAUCUGAUCCGAUUGCUGUCUCCCAGCCACGUGGUUCAGUUCCGCUGUGACCACAGUAAAUAUAUGCCAGACCUCACCUCGCAGUAUGUAGAUGACAUGGAUGGCUUGUACACAAAAAGCAAGACCAAGAUGAGAAAUCGACGUUUCAGACUCGCAGCAUUUGCAGAUGCUUUGGAAUUUGCUGAUGAAGAAAAAGAGAGUCCAGUUGAGUUCACUGGACAUAAACUGAUAGGUGUUUAUACAGACUUUACAUACAGAAUAACUCCAAGAAAUAGAGAGUCACAUAACAAAAUUCUUCGAGAUCUGACCAUCUUGAGUUACCUUAGCCAGCUGCAGCCCCCGAUGCCCAAACCACUUUCUCCUUUACAUAGCCUGACACCCUAUCAGGUCCCUUUCAAUGCAGUCGCGCUCCGAAUUACCCACUCUGAUGUCGCCCCUACCCAUAUACUAUAUGCUGUGAACGCCAGCUGGGUUGGUCUUUGCAAGAUCCAGGAUGACGUCAGAGGAUACACGAAUGGGCCCAUCCUGCUUGCCCAGACUCCAAUCUGUGACUGCUUGGGCUUUGGCAUCUGUAGAGGCAUUGACAUGGAGAAGCGGCUGUACCACAUCCUCACCCCUGUGCCCCCGGAAGAGCUAAGGACCGUGAAUUGUCUGCUCGUUGGAGCUAUUGCCAUUCCGCAUUGUGUCCUUAAGUGCCAGCGUGGGAUUGAAGGGACCGUACCUUACGUCACAACGGAUUACAAUUUUAAAAUUCCUGGAGCAUCAGAGAAAAUUGGAGCAAGAGAACCUGAGGAGGCACAUAAAGAGAAACCAUACCGAAGACCUAAGUUCUGUCGAAAAAUGAAGUGAUACUCGCAUUUUUAACAAGGGAAGAAACUUUCCUACCUGAAAGUUUUGUCUCAAGCCUGACCAUGAGAGACAUGAUGGAGUGUCGUGGCAAUGAAUGGUGCCCUUAUCAGCAACACUGUUUUCUGUGUAAUUCGUGAAUAUCGUAUAGUAGUCUUAAGUUUCUCUUUUAAAGCUGCAUGAGCUAGAAUUUGCUCUAGUCUUCUGUGUGGUACUCAUACUUGCUGUCUGGUGUGCUUUCCAGAGGGACUAAAACGGCAGAGAACAGUUUGUGUGCCAUUAAAACAGAGAUUCCUCAGAAAGUUCUUCAAGGACCUGGUUAUUAGAAUCAGGAUAAAAAUAUGGAAACUGGGGCCAUUACAAUGUACUGAGAAGGAAGGAAGAAGGCCGACCUGCAGGAUCUCAAGCAUAAUGGAUACAAGGGCUUACCACGGCGUUGCCUGAGCCACGUGCAGACCUGGGGGCCAGCGACGGUCUGCUUCCUUGGAACCAGUGUGGAUGGUUAUAGCCCAUCCAUUUGGUGCAGUUGUACUUGGUCUGUUACGUUCAAUCAAGGUUUAAUAGAUAGGGCCGGGAGUGGUGGCUCAUGCACACCUGUAAUCCUAGCACUUUGGGAGGCUGAGGCUGGAGGAUUGCUUGAGCCUCUGAGUUCCAGGCUGGAGUACACCAACUACUCCAGCCUGAGCGACAGAGUAAGACCUUAUCUUUUAAAAAAGAAAAUAAAAACUUAAACGGGUUCGAUAGAUAUAAAUUUGGACCCAACAGCCCUUCUUUUUUUUUUAAUCCUGAGGUUUUAUGCUGAGGAAAUUGCUUUCAAAUCUGGAAAACCUUGGGGCCAGGCGCGGUGGCUCACGCCUGUAAUCCCAGCACUUUGGGAGGCCAAGGCAGGAGGAUCACAGGGUCAGGAGAUCAAGACCAUCCUGGCUAACAUGGUGAAACCCCGUCUCUACUAAAAAUACAAAAAAUUAGCUGGGCGUGGUGGUGGGCACCUGUAGUCCAGCUACUUGGGAGGCUGAGGCAGAAUGGCGUGAACCCGGGAGGCGGAGCUUGCAGUGAGCCGAGAUCGUGCCACUGCACUCCAGCCUGGGAGACAGAGCGAGACUCCUUCUCAAAAACAAAGAAAAUCUGGAAAACCUCUUCUGGGGGCUCUUAAAAAGUAGAUUUUUCCAAAUUGACUUCUGGUCUGAGGCCAGAGAACCACGGGGCAGAGCUGGAGACUGGGCUGUUUGGAAGGAAGAAGGACUGUCAGACCAGCUCUUGGGAAAGCUCCAUUUUUGCCUGUGGGAGGCUGGACCUGAACUUGCACCUAUGAACAACCCUGCCAUUUAGAGCUUUUUCCUGGGGGUGCUGGAGGCUGGUGACCAGACUGCCAUUCUUCAUGUCCUCCCUGGUGCUUCCGACCCUUUGUCCUCUAGGUUGGAAGUGGAUUGUGUAAACAUGUGACCAGGUCACAUCGUUUUCUGCAUUUAAGACAACAGGAUACUUACUGGGGCUGAGGUUCCAAUUGGUAUUACGACCACCGCCAUCUUCCCAGCAUGAUCACAUUGUAAGACUAUCAGGAUUUGUGGGUUUUAACACUUAACAUUUAUAUACAAUUAAACUGUUGGUUAUCGUU